AUGGUAUCGGCUACAAUUAGGCGCAUUGUGUCACCCUGUUGGAGGCCGUCUAGUGAGGGGGAUUCGAGUAGGUAUGGCGAUGCAAGUGGACGAUCUGAUGGUUUGUUGUGGUAUAAAGAUUCGGGAAGACAUGCAAAUGGUGAAUUCUCAAUGGCGGUUAUUCAAGCAAAUAAUUUGUUGGAGGAUCAUAGCCAGGUUGAAUCAGGACCCAUGAGCUUAAAUGAAGGAACUCCUCAUGGUACUUUUGUUGGUGUUUAUGAUGGCCAUGGAGGCCCAGAAACUGCUCGGUUUGUCAAUGAUCGCCUAUUUAAACAUAUCAAGAAGUUCACUGCAGAAAACCAGGGAAUGUCGGCGGAUGUUAUCACGAAAGCAUUUUUGGCAACAGAAGAAGAAUUUCUUGCUCUGGUGAAGAAGCAGUGGCAACACAAGCCACAGAUAGCCUCCGUUGGAGCUUGCUGUUUGGUAGGCUUAAUAUAUAACGGAGAGCUCUAUACUGCAAAUGCAGGAGAUUCUCGAGCAGUGUUAGGCAGAAUGGACGAGGCUACAAAAGAGGUUAAAGCGGUUCAACUAUCUUAUGAGCACAAUGCUAGCCUGGAAUCUGUCAGAGAAGAGCUACGCUCAUUGCAUCCCAAUGAUCCGCAGAUCGUAAUGAUGAAGCACACGGUCUGGCGCGUGAAGGGUCUCAUUCAGAUUUCAAGAUCCAUUGGUGACGCCUAUCUAAAGAACAAAGAGUUCAACCAAGCACCACUGUUGCCGAAAUUCCGGCUCUCAGAACCCUUUGAAACGCCAAUCCUAAAAGCCGAACCAACAAUACAAGUACAGAAACUAGAACCUAGUGAUCAAUUUAUUAUAUUCGCAUCAGAUGGAUUAUGGGAGCACAUGAGCAAUCAAGAAGCAGUUGACAUUGUCCAAAGCUGUCCACGCAAUGGAGUAGCGAGGAAACUUAUCAAAUCGGCGCUUUGUGAAGCUGCAAAGAAAAGAGAAAUGAGAUACUCAGACUUGAAAAAGAUUGAUCGUGGUGUACGGAGACAUUUCCAUGACGACAUCACAGUCAUAGUUGUGUAUCUUGAUUCGCAUAAUUCCCGAGCUCCCACCGUAUCAAUUAAAGGAGGUGGUGAUUUUGGUACUGGUAUUGUAAAUGGCUAG